CUCAAUCGCAUUUUAUGAAGAUGACCGGAACUACCAAACUAUCAACACUAGCUCAUGGUGCUGGUUCAAGCGGAUAACUCAUGCUGAUGCAACGUAUCAUAACUUGUGAUUUACGAGAGGAAUAAUCGCCUGCCGAGUCGACGGGUGAGUUUCCCUCAACUGUGUCGAGUUUUCACGAGCCCAAAACCUUACCGGUGUGUGAGCAAACGGCCAUCGCGGAGGCGUUGGUUUCCCGGACAUUCGAAGGCAAACUGAGCUGCUCAACUUGAGUUUGCAAUCUCUGUCAGGGAUCCCUGCUAAACUUGGAAGCAACCAAAUAGGUUCAAGCGAUGCGUUCUACACAAUCGAUUUUGCUGACUCAACCAUAGUACUAUGACCAAGUCACCAAUGCUGUGGCUACUUCUGAUAACGCAAAUGAUAUCCAACGCGACUGGCUCGCAUUUGUACAAGUUGUGGGUCUACUACGACGGCAGCUCAUGCAAAGGCACCCCGUACAACAUGCACGCCGAAAGUGAUCUUAGCUGCACGAUGUAUACGUGCUUCGAGGACGGAAAUUGGAGCGCAACUGGUGUUGGUGUGGCUUCGAUCGACUGUACUUCUGACUACAAGACCAGCAUGAAAACUUUCUUUGGUAAUUCUCCGUUCAUUGUGGUGGAAACCUUUGAUGACUGGAACUGCGAGACUCUGAAAUAUGCCGAAGCUUAUUUUGCGUCGAAUAACUGCGAGGGCUCUCCAAACCUAAAUUCGAGCGAAGUGGCCCAUGUAAUUGCCAGAUUGGACCCUGAUGGAUCGGCGGUACUAGAAUAUUAUUACGAUGCAAGGUGUGAUGCCUCAGAGUUCUAUGGUACCUAUUCUGCUGACAAAAACAGCCUCGCGACGCAUGCAUGCGAUGAUUCCUGGACCAAGUGGUACUAUUUCGAUGGAGACGAUGCGUUAAACUCCGCUGAAGCCCCCACCACGACUGAUAAUGAAGGAACUACCGAUAGUCAGAGCAACGGCGUCAGCACACCUACGAUUGUUGCUAUGAUCGUGGGAGUUUUCUUAUUUCUCGUCGUUAUUGUGUUAGUGAUCUAUUGCUGCAAGCGAAGAUCGACUGUGAAGCAAACAGAGACGCAACAACAGCCAACCGCCAGUCUUCAAUCUGGAAACACAGCUUCACUCGAUAUGGCUAUGCACGGCCAAGUCGGUUUGUGGGAUGACGAUGUGAUCACUGCCAAGCGCAUUCCACGAGACAAAGUUCGCGUGAAAAAACUCUUGAGUCGUGGCGCAUUUGGUGAGGUCUACGAAGGCGUUUUCAACGGAAAUCGGGUCGCUGUCAAGAUGCUGCUGCCUCAUACACGUGGGAAUCUGAAGCAGGUUAACGAUUUCCUGGCCGAGGCCAAGAUGACAGCAACGAUGGAUCACCCUCAUGUUGUUACGUUUGUUGGAGUGGCUUGGGAAUCACUUUGCGACGUCUGCGUCGUGCUGGAGUUCAUGGAUGGCGGAGAUCUGCGAUCUUUAUUGAGUAAGUAUGAAGAAUCGCGCCAUCCUACUGGCUUCGACAGAGAGAAGACCACUAUUGCACUGCACGUAUGCCAUGCAUUGACAUACCUGCAUUCACUCAUGCCUCCUGUCAUCCAUCGCGAUCUCAAGUCUCGGAACAUUCUACUGAAUCGUGCUAUGGAAGCCAAACUUAUUGACUUUGGUAUCUCGAGAGAGCGGCUGGAUCAAACGAUGACAGCAGGUGUGGGGACUUCGUUGUGGAUGGCACCUGAGGUGAUGCUAGGUGAGAGAUACGACGUCAAAGCAGACUUAUUUUCGUUUGGCGUCGUGCUGUCGGAAUUGGAUUUGCAUACAUUGCCCUAUGCACAAGCGAAAGACAAAGUUCGAGAUGCAAACGGAAGAAAACUACCAGAUGCAGCAAUUUUGCAGCAAGUGGCGAUGGGAAUCGUGCAAGUGGAAUUCUCACAAAUUAGCCCUACUGGUAUAGUAGAGCUUGGACGAGCUUGCGUAUCACUUAGCCCAAACGAUCGACCUACAGCAGCAGAGGCCCUGUAUCGCCUACAAGUUAUCCUGUCUAAGGAGAUGUGAAAACCAUCGAUAUGUGUAGUAUUGGUGUUUGACCACCGUUUCAAUUGUUUAAUCCCAUUUUUUAAGCGUU